UGGAGAAGUUACUGGAAGGCUUCAUUAGAGAUUCAAAGCUGACACAUGACGAACUGAUCAAGGCCCUAGCAAGUAUGAAUUCUAAACCAGACCUACGAGAAAUUUUCCAGGGGCUUUUUGAGCAGAUCCUUUGUACGGACCAAUUUGACCUGUUUGUACAACUGAUGAACCAGAAGAAUAUUGAGCUCCAGCAGCAGGCCCUCAUGUUGAUAAUGAAGCGACAAGGCUCCCUCCCCACCAGUUUACAGGACGACAAGCAACAUGCUGCACCUCCUUCGCAGGAGCAGUUCCACUCUGAGGAGGAGGUCCUGCGGAAAGUUCUUAUGGAAUCUGAAAAACCAAAGGAGACCCCAAGAGGGGGCACUCCGGCACGAGCGUCCCCUGAGGAGCCCCCCCGGGCGGUGAUAGCCUCUCUGAUGUUAACACCCACACAUGUCCAGGCAGAGGGUCUCAAGCUGGAGGAGGAGAGGACCAAAGGGCAGGAGAAAAUAGUGGAGGCGAUGCACAAUGUGUCCAUUAAAGACACCCCUCCGGCACCAGCUCCUGUAGCAAGUAAACCCUCCAAACCUCUGACCGACCUCAAAUCUGCACCUGCUAUAGCUAUUACACCAGCACCAACACAAAAACCUGCUCCAGUCAAACCAGUGGCUGCAGUGACAGUCCCGGCCAAGUCCACCCCCAGCAAACAGGUUCCUCUGGGGGCUGCCACCCUCCCCAACAUCUCUGGGCAGUCCAAGGUGACAGGAUCACAGGCAGCUGCCAUGUGGAUGCAGGAAGCACAGAAUGAGAAAGUGUCUGGAAAACCAUCAGCAGCUGUCACGGCUGCCGCUGCGGAAUUGUCCAAGCUUGAUGCAGCACAAUUGAAGCAGAGACAGGAGUACCUGAAGCAGCAGAGAGACAAGCUUCUGUCCAUGAAGAAGGCUGAGCGGGAGAAACAGCUUUUGUCUGCAGAACAGUCUCAGCAAGCACGUCCGACAUCUGCAAGGGUUGCACGUGCAGCGCUUAAAAGUCAGAAGGAGGAACUCUCCCCAUCCAAAACCCUGAGUCCGGAGGAGGAGAAGAAAAUGGCCAUGCGACGUGCAAUAGCCAGCAGGCUAAAGGCCGAAAUGUUAGAAAAAUAAUAAAUGGAAUUCUUUUUUGAUAUUAAGUUUGUAAUAAGAAAUGAGUAGUGGUUUUGAAAAUAGAAGAUAUCUGGUAACUGUAUGAAUUUAUUUUUCACUAUUCAGAAUAAUAUUGUCUUUUUACAAAUUUGCAAUACUGACUGGUGGGUUAUUGGUUAGAUUCAUCAAAUCUUAUUUUGAAAUUACACUUCAGAUUAAUAGAUAUCAUCCAAAAUUCACCAAGUAAGUUUCAAAACAUUACAAUAUAGUAUGAUUGCAAUAUUGAGUUAGAUGUCUGGCAGUGUGAGAUCAUCUUUAUGUAAAUCAUGUCAUAAAGGUAUAAAAUGUCAUAUUGUAUACACAACAUAUUUGUUAACUCAUAUUUUAGGAGGAAUAUUUUCCUUUAAGCCAAUAGUAGCAUCUUUUUUAAACUAUACAUAUACAAGAUAUUCAAAUUAGAAAAGUGGUGGACAUUUAGAUGUUACCUGUAACUAGCCCAGGGUACCUGGCCAAGGAAUCACAAUACUUCUGAACUUUAAAAAACAUUAUCAAAGCCUACAAUCAGAUACGGAUUUCUUCAAAUGUUAAUUUGAAUUUUGUGUUGAUGAGUUAUAAGUAAUAAGUCAUUUUUUGACAAGUGAAACAGUGGAUGAACUACAGAAAAUUUAACACAAGAUUAUUUAUAAAAGAGAGGAAAUGUGAUAUUUAAGAAUAUUUAUGGUAAGCUAAUUAAGUUAUAAGAGUGUACCUUUAAGUUUUGUGAUAUUACAGCCAGAUCCUUGUGAAGGGUAUAAAAUCAAAAUUGGAGUUUAUCAUGAAUUUAAUUUCUUGUGUUAGGACCCUUUGUAAGGUAUAACCCUACAAUGUAAAAUCUGUUUACAUCAGGGUAGGGCAUGCAUAAUACUGAGCAUUAUUACAGGUAAAAUACUGUAAUACCUGUAGCAUCAUUGUGGAGUGGGACCACCUGUAUUACAAGUUUAUAAGGAAGAUUACAGUAAUACCUGUAUCAUUGUGGAGUGGGACCACCUGUAUUAUAGGUUUUUGUAAUACCUGUAUCAUCAUUGUCUAGUGAGAUCAUUUGGUGGCACUUCCUUAUGUCUAGCCUUAAUGUUAUAGCAAGUAUGAGAAAGCCUUGCCAUUUCAUAAAUCUUAUUUUUUUGCAAGUGUGUGCUUUAUCUCUGUCUUUCGAUUUGUGUGCUAUUAUAUAUAAUAUAGAUACUUUAUAUAUAUGUAGAUGUUGUCUGCCAGUGUUGGCAUUCCCCUCUAUAAUUCUGUUCUUUUAAACGGGUUAAUAUUUUACUUACUUAUAAUAAAAAAAAAAACAUUUUUCGGCUAUUUAACUGUACUGUGGUUGUGGGAGGUCAUAUUGCUCCAGCUGUUCAACAUUGUGAUCGACAACUCAUUCCAACCCAAAAAUGGGGACUGAGAGUGGGUUACAUCACAAAGUAUCAUUAUUUGUUCAAUCUGAUAUAGAGAGGUAAUGGAAAGCAUUAAGUAUUGGACUCCUAUGAUAUCUUAAAAACACUAUUAAACAUCAAUGUUUCAUGUGCCAUUGAUUUCUCCCUCUGCAGCAUCUAAACCUUCAGAUAGCUAGUCAUACUAAUAAUUAUACAUAUAUAUUAACAAUAUAUAAAAUAUAUGAAAUUUAGCUACUUGGUACACAGAAUAUAACUGCAGUAUAGCCAUUUGAAGAUAAGACAUAAUAGAAUCUGUUUUAUUCUCCAUCCAGUGUAUUUAGAGUAAGGAAUAUCUCGGUUGUGACAUUAUAAAUGUAUUACAUUUGACAUCACUGGUUUGUGUGCUGAGUGACUGUCACGUCUGUAAUAGAAGUAUUACACUACCAGCAUAUCAAGCACAAAGUGCCCUUAUUUCUUCUUCCAAUAAAUAUUUGAUCAAUCAGAAAAACAAUCUUUUGAUGUAAACAAAAAUUGUUUGCAUUAAAUGACAGAGAUUUUGAUGACGGAUGAUUUGGUAUUAUUGUUUGAUGAUGAUAAAUGAUCCCCUUAUAUUUGGGUACACCAACCAGUGCUGGUCUGGGGGACAUUUUGUCUGGCCUGGAAAAUCGGAUCAAUCCCUGAUUUUUUAAGACACCCUGUGACCGAACUUGUAUUAAUUAUUAAAAUGUUUUAACACAUCAAGGUUCUUUCAAGCACCAGCUACCCAGUAAGUUUCCUAGACACUGGUGUCUGGUGUUGAUGUGUAAUUAUACAAGGCCUGAAAGCCUUAUUGUACGGACCCUGUGAUCAUGUUUUUUUGACCAAAGACUCCACCGACAAAUAUGCCUUGAGAUUUAUUACAGCUUGUUCUCACCAGUGUGUUGUUCACAUCCAUGCUAUAUCCACAUCACAAGCAUUUCACAUGUGUAGGAAGUAAAGCAGAGUUAUGGUUCUUAUAGGAAGUGUUUUGUAUUUGUUUUCAAUAUACCUGAUUCUGUGAUAAUAAAGUUUAUUAUACAUUCCAUCCCACAGUAAAUUUAAUAACAAUAUUAAUGACUCUGUCCUCAUUGUUAAAUCUAUACCAAGAUGUAUAUAUAUGAACCACAUAUCAUGUUUUAUAAACAAACUUAGCAAGCUCAUAUCACAGGUCCAUAUCAUGUUAAUUACUUUGAGAGGAAACUUAUCAGUCCUGGGCCCACUUGUAUAAAACAACUCAAAGUUAAGGAAAAUCUCAAGCAAUGUAUUGUCUUUGGGAAAUCUUAGACUUGAGGAAAUCUCAAGAGUUGAGAUGUUUUAUACAAGUGGGCCCUGGGUCAUUAUUCUUGGGUAAAAAGUUAUUGGUCUUUGCAGUAUUUUGCAAGGAAAGGAUACAUCUAUAAUCAAUAAAAUGAAUCUGCUUUUAAUUAAUUGUUCUAUACAUUCCGUCCUUGGAAAAAGAUAUUUAUAUUCACACACACACCUAUAUAUAUAUACAUGAUUUUUUACUAUUUAUUCAGCUUUAGGGCUUUGUGUUUCAGACACAUUCCAUUCCAAUGACACGAAAAAUCCAUUUAAAAAAGAAAUCCUCAUCAUAUACUUUUAAAAUCCAUCAUUCCAGGUCUGCUUGAAGAACUCUAUUUUCAUUUGAUACAGUUUAAUUGUAAAUGUUUAGAACCACCUUGUGUAUUGUUUUUCUACAGUUCUGUCAUAUAUGAUGCUUUUUUGGGUCAUACUAUAUGUUGUUUCUAAUGUAGACAUGUUGAUCCAUUUAAAAUUAAUUCCGAAGAAGAUUGUCAAAAUGCAUUGAAAAUGUCACGAAAUCAUUCUUGAAAAUUAAUGUUGCUUCUUAGAUGCACACUGUGAGUUCAUUGUGAUCAAUACUGGUUUAAUCAUGUUUUGAAAUUUGAAAAAUGAUGUUUCCGUCAAAUAGAUGUUUAUAUGACAAUGAAAACACUUCAUGACACUUGUAGAACACACUCUGAUGUGGUUGGUGAGAUUUUUCACAUUUACUUUAUACAUAUAAAAAAAAAACAUGUUGGUCUUCCUUCACCACUGACUCAGCAUUCAUCACACAGAGUGACAAUUCCAUCACAUUUUACCCAGCACUGCACGUCGGUCUAUCAAAAGUAAAGAGUUUCUAACUGAAAGUACAUUUUGACCAAAAAGUACAAAUUUUACAAUUCAUAAAAUGUUAUUUUUGUGGGUUAAUUUGUAAAAAUGUAGCAUUAAACUAUUAACAUGGCAAGUAGAUCAUUUUAAAGUACGUAUUGAACGAUCUCCAAUCUCAAACUACACUCUGCAACGACAGCAUAAGAAAGAGAUGGUAAGGAAAAGAGAAUUAAGACAGGGAUUAGUGGUAACCUUAUACUCUGUACAGCAUUCUGACUGAAACUUCUCAAAACUUAACACCAAAACGUAUGACGUCAUCACUAAAGUGAUUUAAAGUUUUAGUACUCGGUAGCCAUUAUUUAACAGUAUUGCACGAUUGCUGCUGUAGGAUUUAGAGUUGGAGGAUCGCACGAACCAUGUUAGAUCUGUAUGUAAAGAUUACUUUCCUGUAAGUGCAUUCUACAUUGCCUUUAAUGGUGUAUAGAUUGACAACGUAUAUAUGUGUUUGUAAUGAUCUUGUGAUUGUGUCUUAUGUGCAAUUUUCCCUGACCUCAUAAUGUGAAUAUAUAUACACAUAUUUCCAGUUCAAAUCUUGUUACUGAGUGAAAUCAUGAUAUAGAUGUUGCGUCUGUAUAUUUCACCAGGAAAUCCUCCGAGUUAAAUUAGGAAAAAUCACUUUCAGACUCUUUUUACAAUUUGUUCUGCUCACAAAAUGAGUAUAGCCAUUCCGUGUACGUUGAGAGAUCAGCUUUUGCUAAACCUUCAAAGAUCUCCUGAUUCAAGGUUUUACACCUGUUAAUUGACACUGUGCUUACUGAGUUGGAAUUAUUUUGGUUUAAAAAAAAAUUAUAAUCAUAUCUGAAAAAUAGUUAUUCCUAGAGAAUAAGAUACACGUAGUAUACAGUAAUUUGAAAAAAAAUCAGCUUAAUCAAGUAGGUAUUGAGAAUAUUUCAACUUAAUCGUGACUUGGUAAUUGAGAAUAUUUCAACUUAAUCGUGACUUGGUAAUUGAGAACAUUUCCCCUUAGUCCUAUACUGUAUCAAAACCAAUGUGUAUCUGUUUAGGACAGAAGUUCAAGUCCUUUGUCAUAAGCAAAUCAUGCUCAGUAGCUGAUAAGAAAUGAUUUUGAAACAUCUGUUUGACAUAUAUGUAAAUGAAUAAAUCUACAUUUAUUCCU